CUCGCCACGCUGCCGAGGUCGGAGUCAGUGGCCUCCACCGUGGGCCUAGUGUCACGGUCCGGCAGCCGCAGCGCGAGCUCGAGCUCAAGCGGCAGCAGCAGCGGGUGCGUGAGCCGGAGCCAGUCGUCCAAGAGCGCCUCCUCCGACCACGGCGCAGGGGCGCCUCCGCCGCGGCGCUCGCUGUCGAGCAGCCUGUUCUACGCGCACCCGAGCCCGUCGCCGCGGCUGCGCUCGGCGCGCCCGCGCCGCAGCACCGGGUCCGCGCAUCCCGCCGCGGCGGAGUGGGGCCUGUUUCGCUUCCACCUCGGCGUCGUCGGCGCCCCGGACGUGUACCCGCCGCCGCCGCGCCCCGCGGCCGAUGCCAAGGUCGCCGCCGCAGCGAGGGGCGGCGGCAGCAGGAGCGCGCGGUUCGAACAGGUGGCCGCCGCCGUCGACAGGAUCGGAGCGGGGCAGUUAGGUGAGAGAGGGGCGUGGGGAGGAGGGAUGGAUCGGGGGAGCCGGUGCUCGCGCGAGGCGUGGGCGUGUUUCGGCGUUGGUUGCUGCGGGCAACGAGAAAAGGCAGGCUACCCUUAG